UGUAGCAAAACAAAAAAAAUCCACAACACAUAGAAAUAAAUUAUUAUGAUUUUAAGUUGAUAUAAAGCCAUGAAAAUGAAGAAUUUUCUCGAAGUAUUCACUCUUCUGUUAUUAUUUAAUUCGGUGAAAGCACAAGCUGACAACCAAAAUGUCUACAAUACCACAUCAUGUAUAGAAAAGCCAUAUCGUUGUCCACAUCCAAAAAUUAAAUUUUACCUUUAUACGAGGCAUACGCAAGAAUUUGGGGAGGAGAUAAAUGUCCUCGAUCAUGAAAGCCUUUGGAAUUCACAUUGGAAUCCAGAGCAUCCAGUCAAAGUAAUAAUUCAUGGCUUCGGUGGAGGACGAAAUUUGACACCAAGUCCUGAUUUGAGGAAUGCAUAUUUCUCAGUCGGUGACUACAAUAUUUUAAUUGUUGAUUACGGACCAGCUGUUAAAGAGCCGUGCCUAAAUCAAAUUGAGUGGGGACCACGAUUUGCAAGUUUAUGUAUAGCUCAAUUGAUUAAAUAUAUUGCACAUCAUCCUAGAGGGAUAGCUCCAGACUAUAUGCACUUUAUAGGUUACUCUGUAGGUGCUCAUUUAGCUGGUUUAGUAUCAAACUACAUCAAACCAUCAGAAGGCAAAAUUGGAAGAAUUACAGGUCUAGAUCCAACAAUCUUCGUGUAUGCUGGAUCGAAUAAUUCAAGAGAUUUAGAUCCAAGUGAUGCACAUUUCGUUGAUAUUUUACACAGUGCUGCUGGAAUCCUAGGACAAUGGCACACUAGUGGACAUGCAGACUUUUACAUAAAUGGUGGAACUUCUCAGCCAGGCUGCUCUAGUUCAACAAUAUUUCAAACACUUGCAUGUGAUCACACACGAGUAACGCCAUUAUUUAUUGAAAGUAUUACAUCCUCGAAAGGAUUCUUUGCUGGUCCAUGUAAUAAUUUAUUCUCAUAUCUACUUGGAUGGUGUGAGCCGAAGGACAAUGAUUUAGUUCUUAUGGGUGAACACUGCUCGUGGAAAGCACGAGGAGUCUAUUAUGUAACGACAAACGCAAAAGCACCAUAUGCACGAGGUUACCCAGGUAAAAAUCGUAGACAGACACGAAAUAAUGGACGUAAUGCCAUCACAGAUUCAUACGGGGGUUUAAGGAAAUAAUUCAGUCAUUGAAAAAGUCAAUUUUUUUUUCAUCCCAGCACCACGUCAUGUAAAUAUGUAACAAAAUAGACAACAACAAAAUAUCUCAGAAUUAACAUUAUUUAAAUCAACGUCAUCAAAAAAAACCUUUAUUUUCUAUAAGUCAUGUCCUCAUUUUUCUCAAAAUGGC